AUGCCUGCUGAUUGGAAAGCUUUUAAUAAAGAUUGGAAAAACGGAAAGUAUUUAGAAUGUACCCCUUUACUUGAAAGGCCCAAAUAUACACGUAGAGCAAUCCCUAUAAAAUUUUUGGACAGACUUGUUGAAUUCUCUAAUUUAUUAGAAAAACAUAAUGCAACAGCUUUUCUUAUGGGUGGAUCUUCGAAAUUCAAAAUCUUCGAAAUUCAUUGGGUUCUAGGUCGAUUGAAGAAUUCUUUUGAAUUAAGUGUUUAUGUGGAUGGAAACAAAAUUGAUCUUUUUUACUUAUAUAAAACAACAAAUUCAACAGAAAAUGCUUCAAUUGGUGGAAUGCGUCAUUUGAUAAAACAACGUCUUCGAUGGAAUUAUCCAAAAUUGUCUGGAGAAAUCUGUGCCGCAGAAAUGCAUGGAAGACUUUUUCAUGUUUUGUGUGAUUAUUAUAAAAUUGUUGAGUCUGAUUAUGGAAAAGAAGAAUGGAAAAAAGAUCACCAUACAAGCAAUUUUGCUUGGGAUAAAAGUAACAAAAACAAAGAGUCUAUGGAAAUAUAUACAGAAGCAGAAUGGCCAAAUGUUUACCUUUAUGUUGGAAAUAAAAAUGAUCGUUUUGACUCUAAGAAAGUUGAUGAAUGGAUUAAAAAUAUAAACAAAACUUUAUGA